UUAAUGCAUCGAUCGCUGUUUAAAGACAAUGUCAGUCAUGGAACGGUGACUAAAUAAUUAUUAUAAACCACUUUUAAGUUUCAACGUUUAAAACAAACAAAAGAAAAUAUUAGCAACAUUUAAAGGAUAUAAAAUGGCACAGAGUUUGGAAGAUUACUUUAACGAUGGAAAUCCGGACGGUGAGCCAAUAGACAGACAACAAGCUUACAAUGCGCUCUGCUAUGCUGGCCACAAUCCGAUGGAAGAAGAGCUCGCCGUCUUCUGGAAAGAAAAGGGCAAACAAGAAGGCGAUACAAUUACAUUGGCUGAACUAGAAGAGUUGGCAGGUUCCCUUGGCAAUCCCAUGGCUACAAUGACAAAGGCGUUAGCUGCGUUUGACAAAAAUGGAAAUGGAAAAAUAGAGGUGGAUGAACUAAAGGCAAUCCUUAAGGCGGGAGACUUCGGCAAUUCCGGAAUAGGCGACGAUGAUGAAAUUAUUCAGUCCAUUUUCGAUCAGGCGGACGAUGGAGACGGGCAUUUAGAUAUCGACGAACUGGCCAAAAUGCUUUGCCAAAAGCUAGAAGCUAGCAACGAACAAAGUACUUAAUCAAAAUACUAUGUGAUGACAACAGUAACAGUUUCUACACACCAAUUUGCCCUAGACGGAUUUUGCUACGCCAGCAAAUGUUUACUAUUUCGUUUACUAUUUUGUUAAUGAGCUCAUGUUUGGAUAGAUUUAAAAAUAUACAGACAAUUUUCUUCCCCAACUUUAUGCGACAUGUCUUUAAAUAUUUUUCCUCGAAACCGAUUGUCAAAAUUAAAAGCAGUUGGCAAUAAAUUAUCCUACUGUGACUAUUUAUAAAUAAAUACUAAAACGAACCUGUUUUGUAAAAGAAACAUGGCCGCCAUUUGGGCUCAAUAUGAUUAUACAAUGCACCACUCUCUUAUUAUUGAAGUUAAAGCAAUUUGAUCUAGAACAUGCUCUUAUAUCACGGAAAUACUUUUGUCACUACUCAGUCUCUAUCUCUUACUGAUUUUUUUCCGAAAGAACAACAUGGAAAGGUUGAUAUACAUAUUUAUGUGCAUGUUUCCUCUUUUUUAAACGGAAUUCUAUUAUGUAUCAUUAUGUUUAAAAUUAUUGCUUAAUAUAUUUUAGAAAAGGAAUUCAGGCUUAAGCAAAACAAUUCCAUCAGCUAAAUUCAUGAUCUAAUGUUAUGUAAUAAAAUUAGCUGAUAUUGCGAAAUUACUUCAGUGUUUUGUGAAAUCUUAUGGCUUCAUUUGCAUUAUAUCCAACAUAAGUAUUUGUGUGUGUUUAUAUGUGUAUAUGUAUUUGUUUAUGUUUAUGUAUAUGUUUAUGCAUAUAAAAAUUUGGAUUACUGUAAGUUUUGGUAUGUUAUGUGUUAUCUGUAGUGCACGAAAGUGCAUGUGUAUGUAUAAAUAUGUACACAUGUUUUGUACUUGUCGCCAUUUUGUAUGAUAUUCGCCCACCUGGGUCUAUGAUCUUCUGGUAAAUAAAUGAUCUGUUCUAUG